AGGCGAGACUGCUGACAGUGACAAGAACAGGAGGAGGAUAUGAUAGCGAUGGCGAUGCCAAUGGCGAAGCCUAUGCUUGUUUGUGGGAAGAGAUCUCGAUAGCCGGAGGACGGACAUGAUACAUUGGAGAAAGAGCAGUUGCUAAGGGACUGAUCAAGCGAGAGGACCAAGGCAUAUAUCUAGACAUAGAAACAUGUGUAUUCUCACAGAGAACUGGCCGGUGAACCAUAGGCAGAAAGGGAGACAAGGACAAGAAACGUAGGCAAGGCUACUGAUCGUCGGAAUUUCACCGACUCAUCAGGAGGCUGACGAUAUAUAUAACAAUAUAUAUGAGUCGUUGAAACUCCGACGAAACAGUUUGUCACAGCCCCUCGUUUGUUGUCCUCUUCUCUCUCUCUGCCUACGGUUUACCGCGCAGUUCUGUUUGCGACGAGAUAUAUAUAUACUCUGUUUGGCGAUGUAUAUAUGUAUGUAUGUAUGUUUGGAUGUAUAUCGGCAUAGAGAACUGCCCGGCGAACCGCAGGCAGAGAGGGAAAAGAGGACAACAAAGGAGGGGCUGUGACAGACUGUUUCGUCGGAGUUUCACCGACUCAUCAGGACGAUGAUCCCUCUCUGAAAACUGGCCAGUGAAGCGUAGGCAGAAAGGGAGAAAAGGACAAAAGAACGGGGAGAGGGGGCUGUGUGUAUAUGGUGUAGAGGAGAGGGGGAUUGGACAAAUCCGCCAGGGCUAGAUGGGGUCUCGUGUAGCGAACUUGUGGGUGUGUGGGGCAUGCAGCACUUCCUCGCUGGUCAGCUAUGGCGUCAAGAGUUUCCAGGAAGAAGAGUGGCUAAGGAAGCCGAUCGGCAUGCCAAUUAGUAUAGGCGGAGGAGGAGGAGGAGGAGGAGGAGGAGGAGGAGGAGGAGGAGGAAACAGAAGAAGAUGGUCUGUUGUAUCGAGGAGUAUGGCCCAACAACAGGAGGAAGAGGAGGAGGAGGAGAACCUGGGAGCCAUAGAUGGGGAAAACUCCCCCAGUUUUCUCUCCACCUCCAACGCCAGCUCAACCUCAACCUCAACCUCAACCGUAAGCCCCAUCUCCGGCUCGAGCGCGACCUCAACCUCAAGCUCCAGCUUCAGCUCCAGCUUUAGAUCUCAAUCCAAGGGCUUCGGUUUGUCCAACAGGAGAGACGAAAGCAAGGGAGGCAACACCAAAAAGCCAGCAAAGAAAAGUUGUAGCAAGGGAAAGGGAAGGACAGCUGGAAGGGAGGAGGAAAAGGGGAGUGGAAGAAUCACAGUCUCGAAGUCCAUCGAUCAGAGUGUGAAGAAUAUUGAACGGAUUGGAAAAAGUCAAAUCAUUGACUUGGGCGAAGCAAGCAGAGGCAGGGUGGAUUUUGCAGAGGUAGACUCUUGGGCCACUGGAACAGGAGAUGAGGCCGACCUGGACAAUCUCAAAGUUCGGAGUUUCAGUCCUUCCUUCACCCCUGCAGAUGAAGAAGGCCUCUUCUAUGAGCAGCUAGUCCGAAGGCUACAACUCCUUGAAAGCAAGGGAGAGAUCUCAGUGGCAAGAGGGAAACCUCUCCCCUCGUUUGAGCGAUGGCGGUUCCGAGAGUCCACCUAUCUUCAAUUUCUGGCUGAUCAGUUUGGAGUGCACGAGGCCCUGGAGACUGUCAUUGAGAAGUUUGAGCUGCUAUGCAAUCCUCAAGAAGGGGUGGUUGAUGCGAACGGGUGUGCAAAUAAUUCAGAGGCAAGCGUGAUGCAUCCUGUUGAGUGCAUGACUCCAAGCCAGACAGCCAAGGCAAUUGCCACUUUUGGAAGAAGACUGGGUAUUUUUCGAAGUCAGGCCUUGUCAGCAGACAUUAGGGCAAUGAAGAAAGUGAUGAUGGAGAUCAACGACUAUGAUUUCAAGUUGGGAGAGGGGACCGAUGAGAUGAUGCCUCUUCCAACGACACAGACUGCUGCUUAUGUGAAGUAUAUUCUGUUGAUUGGUAAACAGGGUUGUGAAGUGGAUAACAUCAAGGCAGAGAAGGCGCAGCAUCGGCUUCUUGCACACAUUUUCGCUGUCCACGUUGCUCACUUAACAACAGUCGGUGUGCAAAAGGCGCGCAAGUUCGGGAGCCAUGGCGUAGUACUUGCAAGGGAGAAAUCACGCGUAUUUACUCAAUCGGUCAACGACCGUGAGGAUGCCGUCGUGCCCGAAGUGGUUGUGGGGAAACGGGUCCGUGAUGUCCAUGGCAAUGGAGAGGCCGGGUUCCCGUGGGAUAGGCAAUGGGCGCAACUCGCCGUAGGGAUUGUGGUUGCAGGGCUUGGUUCGUCGGCAAACUUCGCAAGAGUCGCAAUACCGAGUGACAUCGGUAAUGAGGUCGGGCCACCGAAAUCAUUGCCGAAGUCGUGCGAUAGUCUGAUUGACUCCAAAAUGGCCAGCGAGUCGCGAGUCGUGGUACUCGCAGAGAAGGUGUCGAGAAGCUUGGUGAUGCGUGGAUCCGUUGAUGCGUCCAUCGAUGAGAUGUCAUGGGGCGAGAGGGCGUGGAGAAAACACACACCCAUCUCCUCGAUGUCGUCUCAGGUGAUGGAAGCUCGAAUGCUCGCGGCGGACACCACGUGACAACUAAUCGAAGGGUGAGUUGGAGGCACUAUGCAUAGGACUACUUCAUUCCGAUCACGAACGUGAACUGUGCGGCGGUACAAUUUCAUUGGGUUGUCCUCGUUUCGCAGCCAUGUCAUGCCCAAAAUCAUGUCGAAUUGGGUGUCCUUGAAGGACACGGCCUUGCUUGCAUGUGGGGCGAAGUGCACGAGGACAGAAUCAAUGCACCGGUCGAUU